GUGUGCGAUGUGUGGCUCAUACCUUACAAUUGGCCGUGAUAGACAGUUUGAAAGAUGGUGGAAUUGAAAAAAUAUUAAAUUAAGUUCGCACAUUAGUUAAAAAACUAAGAAACCAAACAUAUAUUGUGAUAACACUCAUGUUAUCAAAAGCUGUGACGGGUCAACCGUUUAAGAGGUUAGAAUACGAUUAGUAAUAACAUGAUUUAAAAGUACACUACGUUGUUAUAAAUAAUAAAAGUUUUACUGUAAAAGUGCAAUUUAAAUAGUUUUAGUUUAUUCUCAAUAAUAAUAAAUACAUCCAGGAGUCAUAUGUAAUAAAACAUGGCGCAGUCGUAGAAGAAUAAUAUAACAAAACCACGAUUGAAACGGAUAAAGACAAAAUGGAGUACCGUACACCUCAUGAAUUAUCCUUUAGUGGUAAUGUUGCACAAAACUGGAAAGAGUGAUAUCAACAAUUGAAUAUUUAUUUAAUAGCAUCUAAUAAAGAUGAAGAGAAUGACUUAAGAAAAAUUAAUAUCUUAUUGAAUUUAAUUGGUCCACAAGGAGUUAAGAUUUAUAAUAACUUUAAAAAGAAAGAAAAAACUAAUUUUGACACGGUAGUUCAAGCAUUCAACCAAUACUGUGAACCAAGAAAGAAUAUAAUAUUUCAAAGAUAUAAGUUUGGAUGUUGUAUACAGCAAGAGGGCCAAAGCUUUGAUGAUUUUCUCACUGAAUUAAAAACACUAGCUGCUACUUGUGAAUACAAAGAAGAGGAUAACAUGAUACGAGACAGAAUAGUGUUUGGCGUUAAAGAUCCAGAAAUCAAAGACAAGCUACUAACUAUAAGUAAUCUGACGAUGGACAAGGCGGAGGAAAUAUGUAAAACCACAGAGGCAACUAAACAAGAACUGCAAGAAAUGGCAACAUCAACAGAAGUACAUAUGGUAAAAAUGAAGAGUACAGUUAAUGAUAAAGGUAAGAAUUUAACUAAGACUAAUAAUAAUAAAUAUGUUAAAAAUAAAAAUGUAAAGGGAGUAUAUAAGAAAAGUGACGGUGAUAAAAAUAAUGAGUAUAACUGUAAGAAGUGUGGUAGGAAACAUAAACCUAGAGAGUGUUUUGCAUUUGGUAAAAUGUGUGGUAUACGUAAAAAAAUGAACCAUUUUGCUGUAGGAUGUAAGAACAAAAACAAAGAAGAGAAAAAAGAGGUCCAUGAAACGCAUUAUGGUGAGGAGGAGAUGUUUCAAAUCGAUACAAUAUAUAAUGUGCAUCAGAUUAAUAGUAGUUGGACAAAAACAUUAAGAGUGAUUAAUAAGAAUAUAACAUUUAAAUUAGAUUCAGGAAGUGACGUUAACAUUAUUCCGUGGGAACAUUUCAAGGAAAUUAAACCACAACCACAAUUAAAAUCUAAUAAAUGUAAUGUUGAGUCGUAUGGAGGUCAUAAGAUAGAGAACCUAGGAAAAUGUCAAAUAAAAUGUAUGAUAAGUCCUGAAUGUAUAGAUAAUGUUGAGUUUUUGAUAUUAAAACCGAGUCAACUGCAUAAGUGUAAAAAUAUUAUUCCUAUAUUAGGUUUAGAAUCAUGUGUAAAAUAUGAUUUGAUAAAAAGAGUUGACAUGAUAUGUUCAGAAAAGGAAUUAUUCAUAAAAAAUAAUCUUGAUGUUUUUACUGGACUAGGUAAGUUUCCUGAAUUGUAUGAAAUACAGCUUAAAGAUAACGCUGAACCACAACCAGCACCUUAUAGGAGAGUACCACAUACAGUAGUAGAUAGGUUAAAAAUUAAGUUAAAAGAAUUAUUAGAAAAAGGUAUUGUGUCUUAUGUUGACAAGCCAACUGACUGGUUAAACAACAUAGUUAUUAUUGAAAAGCCAGACAAAAGUCUAAGAUUGUGUCUAGACCCUCAACAUUUAAACAAAAAUAUUGUAGAAGAAAAUUAUCCCAUUCCAACGUUAGAUGAAAUAACUCCAAGGUUAUUAAAUAAAAAUUUUUAUACAGUUCUGGAUCUUAAGGAUGGAUUUUGGCAAAUUGAACUUACGAACUCAUGUAAUAACUUAUGCUCAUUUCCAAGCCCAUUAGGUACUCUUAAAUUUAAUAAAUUACCAUUUGGCAUUAAAACUGCACCAAUGGUUUUUCAAAAAUAUAAUAUAAAAUAUUUUGGUGAUAUUCAAGGGUUAACAAUUUAUUUUGAUGACUUCAUUAUAGCAGCAGAUAAUAAAGAAGAGCAUGAUAAAAUUUUACAGCAAGUUAUUGACCGUGCUAGAAAACACAAUAUUAAAUUUAAUCAGAAAAAAGUUCAGUAUUGCCAGAAUAAGGUAAAAUUUUUAGGACUAUUAUUUAAUAAUAAGGGUAUGUCUAUUGAUGCAGAUAGGACAGAGGCAAUAAAAUCCCUUAAAGAACCAACUUCUAAAAAAGAACUUCAAAGGUUUUAUUAAUCAACUUGGUUUUAUUAAUUAUGUUAGGAAAUUUGUUCCAAAUCUAGCAGAAAUCAAAUCCGCUAAGAAACUUAUUAAAAAAAGACGUUGAAUGGCACUGGAAUGAAAUACACACACAAUCACUGAAUAAAAUUAAAGAUAAAUUAAUGAGUGCCCCAGUUUUAGCUGCAUUUGAUGAUAAUAAAAAAAUAGUUAUACAAACAGAUAGCUCACAAUCGGGUGUAGGGUGUUGCUUAAUGCAAGACAAUAAACCAAUCUCAUAUGCAUCACGUAGCUUAACCGAAACUGAGAAACAGUGGGCUCAAAUUGAAAAAAAAAUGAAUGCAAUAUUAUAUGCUUGUACAAAAUUUCAUAAUUUCAUCUAUGGUAGACGGAUAACGGUACAUACUGAUCAUAAACCAAUUGUUUCUAUCAUGAAUAAAGAAUAUAAUAAAAUUAAGAAUAAUAGGCUAAAAAGAAUAAAAACGAAGUUAGCUAUAUAUGACUUAGAAGUUAAGUAUCUUCCAGGGAAACAAAUGCACAUUGCAGAUUAUCUAAGUAGAGACUAUAUUAUUAAAAAUAUAAAAGAUGAUGUUUCAAUUAAUGAUGUUGUACAUAGUAUUAAUUCAGAAAAAAUACAGUUUAGCGAUGAAAAACUGUUACAAUUUCAAAAGGAGACUAUAAAUGAUCCCUGUCUGAAUAAAGUAAAACUAUAUUACAAUAACAAUUGGCCUAAUGAUAAAACUAAAUUACCAUUUAAAGGUAAACUAUAUAAUUUUUGGAAACUUAGAAAUGAUAUAACAGUAAACAAUAAUUUGAUUUAUAUUGAUGCCAGAUUAAUUGUACCUUUUAAAUUAAGACCAUUCAUAUUAGAAUUACUUCAUGAAACCCACAUAGGUAUGACUAAAACCAUUAAAAGAGCCAGGUCUUAUUAUUAUUGGCCUAAUAUGGCAAAUGACAUAGAAAGUUUUAUAAGUAAGUGUUCAUUAUGUGCCAGGUAUCAAAAUAAAAAAUUUAAAGAACCUUUAUUAAAUCAUUCAAUUCCUGAUAAACCAUUUAUUAAAAUAGGAGUAGAUAUUGGUGAAUAUGGUGGCGUGUCAUAUUUAAUAAUAAAUGAUUAUUACUCGAAGUGGCUAGAUAUCAAAAAACUAAGUAGUAAAUCAGCAGAUUCAAUAAUUAAAAUUUUAAAAAAUGUAUUUAGUUAUUUUGGAAUCCCCAAAUUAUGUGUUUCUGAUAAUGUACCAUUCAAUAGCAAGCAAUUUUUAGAUUUUGCUAAGGAAUGGAAAUUCAAAGUAAUAACAACAAGUCCCAAUUAUGCCCAAAGUAAUGAGUUCGCGGAGAAAAGUGUAGGGAUUGCAAAAACUAUGCUUAAAAAAUCUAUAUUAACAGGUAAAGAUAUAGAUCUUUAUUUAUUAGACUAUAGAAGUACACCAGUUGCAGGUCUUGAGUACACACCUUCAGAGUUACUUAUGAGUAGAAAGAUUAGAACAAAGUUGCCUAUUAAUGAGAAAUUACUUUACCCUCAAAUUCCUAUUGAUGCUUAUGCGAAAAUGUUAGCACAACAAAAUAUACAAAAAUGUCAGUAUGACAAAAAUGUGAGAAUUAAAGAAAACAAAUUUGCAGUAAAUGACUCGAUUCUAUAUUUAAAAGACAAUGUGUGGGAAAAAGGUACCAUUAUAAAAAAGUGUGAAGAACCUAGAUCAUUCAUAAUUAAGAACGAAAAUAACAAGCUAUUUAGGAGAACAUCUAGACAUGUAAGGUAUGAUAAUGGAAAAAUAGAGGAGAGAGAGAAUCUUGAAUGUGAAAGAGAAAGAAGGAAGGAGAUUGGAAAUAAAAAUAAAGAAACUGUAAUAAGUAAAGUAAGUAGGAAGGGUAGAAUUAUAAGAAAACCACAUAGAUAUAUGUAAAAUGUAAUUAAAAAAAAAAAAAAAA